UGUUGUUUGUAGGCAAAAACAUUUAAAACAACGGGAAGAAAAGAAGCUUCGCCAUGGUCAUAACCAACAACACAACGCUGCCGGAGGAGUCUGAGCUCAAUGUCCAGGAGCUGAAUCUUUCUUCAGCGGCUCUGCGAGCGGGCUCCUUUCAUUUGGGCAAGCAAUGCGAACAGGAAAAUAAUGAGUUUAUGCUGUGCAGGCAAGAGCUGGACGAUCCGCGUGCCUGCUUGGGCGAGGGAAAGGCCGUCACCAGCUGCGCCCUGAACUUCUUCCGCAAGGUGAAGAAGACCUGCCAUGAGGAGUUUAUGCAGUACGCCACUUGCCUGGACAAGAGCAGCGGCACAAUGGCAUUUACACAGUGCCGCAAGACCCAAGGUGUGUUUGACAAGUGCGUGAAGGAUAACUUUGACUGGGAGCGUCCAUCUUACGGUUACUUUUCCAGGGCCAAGGUCAUUCACUCUGCCCGCGAGGCACCCAAGAAGGAGGAACUCAAAUCGUAUCCCGAUGCCACGCCCGGACUGCCCGAGGAUUACCCGAAGCCACCAGCCAAGUACGGCUCUCGCUUCCACUGGCUGGAGUAGACAGCCGAUAUUGUAUAGUGAAAUUGAAAGCGUUCAUCAUAUAACAUAAACUCUUGUUUCCAUUAGUA